GAACGCAGGAGCGCCCAGGCCUGCCGGGGCUCGCCGGGAUGGGCCGCGUCCCAGCACCGCGGGGCACCUGACCGGCCCAGCAGCAGCCGGCGCGGCGCUCCCGGGGCCCCGCGCACACGUGCGAGCACUGAGCCAGGUGCGCGAGUCGAACCGCCCGCCCGCCGGCCCGCGGUUCCCCUGCAGGCCGCGGAGAGCGCGCUGGACGCCGGCGCCGCCAGUUAGAGGGGAGCGGGGCCCGGGGCCGGUUCGCUGCCUCCCGCUCCGCCGCAGCCCCCCGUUCCGGCCGCCGAGGGAACGUGAUUCAUUGCUUUCCUCUUGGUGGAUGUGCGAGGACCUGGGCUAGAAGCAUGUGGCGUGUCCCGCGAGGCUGGAGGGUAGGGCGCCUGGGACCCUGGGGAGCCGAGGGGCGGAAGCAGCCCCCCAGCGUCCGCGCACUGGCCAGCGUGGGCUCCAGGAGCGGGGACGAAUACAGUCACGUGGUGGUGGGUGCGGGCUCCGCGGGCUGCGUGCUGGCUCGGCGGCUCACCGAGGACCCCGACAAGCGCGUGCUGCUGCUGGAGGCCGGGCCCAAGGACGUGCUGGCGGGGAGCAAGCGGCUCUUGUGGAAGAUCCACAUGCCCGCGGCCCUCGUGGCCAACCUGUGCGAUGACAGGUACAACUGGUGCUACCACACGGAGCCGCAGCCGGGCCUCGACGGCCGGGUGCUGUACUGGCCGCGCGGCCGGGUCUGGGGGGGCUCGUCGUCGCUCAAUGCCAUGGUCUACAUCCGCGGCCACGCCGAAGACUAUAACCGCUGGCAGCGGGAAGGCGCCGCGGGCUGGGACUACGCGCACUGCCUGCCCUACUUCCGCAAGGCGCAGAGCCACGAGCUGGGCGCCGGCACGUACCGCGGCGGCCAGGGCCCCCUGCACGUGUCCCGGGGCAAGACCAACCACCCGCUGCACCACGCCUUCCUGGAGGCGGCGCAGCAGGCCGGCUACCCGCUCACUGAGGACAUGAACGGCUUCCAGCAAGAAGGCUUCGGGUGGAUGGACAUGACCAUCCACCAAGGCAAGCGCUGGAGCGCUGCGUGUGCGUACCUGCACCCGGCACUGGGCCGCCCCAACCUCACGGCCGAGGCGCAGACGCUCGUGCACAGAGUGCUGUUCGAGGGUACCCGCGCCGUGGGUGUGGAGUACGUUAAGAACGGCCAGAGCCACAGGGUUUACGCCGGCGCGGAGGUGAUUCUGAGCGGGGGUGCCAUCAACUCUCCACAGCUGCUCAUGCUCUCGGGCGUCGGCAACGCGGAUGACCUCCGCAAGCUGGGCAUCCCGGUGGUGUGCCACCUGCCCGGGGUGGGCCAAAACCUGCAAGACCACCUGGAGGUGUACAUCCAGCAGGCCUGCACCCGCCCCAUCACCCUGCACUCGGCGCAGAAGCCCUUGAGGAAAGUCCGGAUUGGUCUGGAGUGGCUCUGGAAGUUCACAGGGGAUGGGGCCACGGCGCACCUGGAAACAGGUGGGUUCAUCCGGAGCCGGCCUGGGGUCCCUCACCCGGACAUCCAGUUCCAUUUCCUGCCGUCCCAAGUGAUAGACCAUGGCCGGGUCCCCACCCAGCAGGAGGCUUACCAGGUGCACGUGGGGACCAUGCGGGGCACAAGUGUGGGAUGGCUUAAACUGAGAAGUGCCAACCCCCAGGACCACCCUGUGAUUCAGCCCAACUACUUGACAACAGAAACCGACAUUCACGACUUCCGACAGUGUGUGAAGCUGACCAGAGAAAUUUUUGCCCAGAAAGCCCUGGCGCCAUUCCGGGGGAAGGAGCUCCAGCCGGGAAGCAACGUGCAGUCAGAUGAGGAGAUCGAUGCCUUCGUGAGGGCGAAGGCCGACAGCGCCUACCACCCCUCCUGCACCUGCAAGAUGGGCCAGCCUUCUGAUCCCAUGGCCGUGGUGGAUCCACAGACCAGGGUGCUUGGGGUGCAGAACCUCAGGGUGGUUGACGCUUCCAUCAUGCCCAGCGUGGUCAGCGGCAACCUGAACGCCCCCACCAUCAUGAUCGCAGAGAAAGCAGCAGACAUCAUCAGGGGGCAGCCUGCACUCUGGGAUAAGGACGUCCCUGUCUACAAGCCUGGGACCCUGGCCACCCAGCGCUGAGGUGGUCCCUGCCCAAGAAGCCUCCUGCCAAGCCAAGAGGUUCAGCACAGCCCCUGUCCCCGUGCCCUUUCCUGAAACUGUCUAGAAUGUUAAUUACAGUUCAGUGGCUGAGAAUGUGACAUUCCUUAGGCUGGGAGACCAGUAUCAGGCAGCGAAGCAGGUUCCUUUUCCCCAGCACUUUUCUGCAGGCUGCCCCCCAACCUCCUGAAGGGGCAGUAAAAGGGACUGGGGAAGGGGGGCUGGCCAGUGAAGGAGGAUGGCUAACUCCAGCCAUGGCCUUAUCUUCUACUCCACCGCACUCUGCAGCCCUGGGUCCUGCUCAGAUUUAAAGGAAGUGGUUCUCUCCCAGGCCUCCCUCUUAAUUAAGGCAAGGUGCUAUGCGCAGAGGCUAGGUGCAGGCUGGACGCCACGGGAGGCAUCUGCCUCAGGCCGCCAGCUGCUGAGGCCUGUGCCUAAGCCUCCAGCGUCUCUGUUUAGAGAGAAAGCUGCCUGCCUGAAGAAACACAGGCUUCUUUCUCUUCUGCUUCUCGUGGCCCCUCCCAGUGGGGUCACUCUGAGGCCCACCUCGCCAGUACUCUGGUUCUUAUUAAACACAGCCCGAUUUCUGGACCUUAUUCAGAGAAGAGUCUGGAGAGUCUCUUCAUUACCAUAGGUUUCCUGAUUUAGCAUUUUAAACUAUUUUCCUGUUACCAGGGAAACCUAAAAACCUAGAGCAAACCCCACAGACCAGACCGCUGCUCCAAGCCAAAGCAGCUAGCCCAAGAGGAUGCUUUCCUGUCAGUCUGGGGAGAUGACCCGCCAUGGGCAAAGCUGGCUGAUUCAUAUUCAGCAGCCGUCCACGGGAGCAGACCGGGAUCGAGCUGAGGCUGAUGGAAAAAGCAGUCGAGUCACACUAUACACCUGAUCCCAUGAAAAUAAAUUGGCAAAGAUUGGAGUUUGGCGGGGGGGAAACCAGAUACAAGUAGCAUUUAAAAUAGUUCUUUGAUCUUUAAACUUCCUGUAAUUCAAUAAUGUAAUCCAGUAACCAGUUUUUGAAUGGAGAGGACUUAGCCAGACUGUUCUUAGUAGGUAAUGACAACUAAAUGCAUUUUGGAUAGAUUUUUCUGAAGAUUUCCAAAGCCACCAUCUGCGGCAAGGGAGAAGAGACUUGUGCUCUGGAAACCUGCCCCGAACAAGGAGGGGAGGGAAAGGGGGCAUUCCAGCCUUUCCCCAGGAUCAGAGUGGACUGAGAUAGCUUGGAGGCUGGACAGCCAUAACUUGUGUUUGUGAGAAAGACCUUCCAGAAAGAUGGGAAGAAGAAAACCAUUACACCUCUCCUUCCUUUACAAAUUUAAAGGAGCUCUGGUUUCCUCUUA